GCGUUCUACACGCGCCGUCUUCUAACUCAGUCUACCAAAACUAUAAAAUUCCUAGGCUUUCAUCAAAAUUUUACGAAAAUUUAAUUUCUGAAAAACACAGCUCCAAUACCGGAUUGCUCAGUGGAAUUGGAAAUGCAGCGGCUAACGAUUUAUACCCUCGUAAUCUGUGAAUUGACGAUGUGUCUUAUCGGCAGUGGAUCUUCACAGGUGACGUUCUCGAAAGGGUGGGGACCAGGAAAACGAGCAUUGUAUGAGGACCGAUUACACGGAAACCGACCAUAUGAAGACUGCAAGUUUCACACACAACCACUCGUAGCUGCUUACAACAUAUUUAUGUCGGAGCUGAGAGAGCUGAUAAUUUGCGAAGGUCGAAAGAUAAUGUCAUAUUCCAAACCAUACGAUGGCAGCCCAAUGGAGGUGAACACAUUGAUGAAUGAACGAUAGAAAAAAAAUCUGCAUCGUGUCGACUCUUUAUGAUCCGGAUGACAAGCUAAGCAACGGAACUUAUUUCUAGAAUGUACCACGGUUUAUCAAUGGAGACACGAAUAAUGUUUAAAUGUUUGACGAAUUGUAUCACUGUGACAUCAAAAUAAUGACCAUGGAAACGUACUGAGGCGAGAAACGAUGAUUGAGAAUUGAAUCCAAAAAAUCUUUCCCU